AUGUGCCACAGCAUCACGAGAACCCUUUGCCGCGUCUGCGAAAAGCAGAUCGGCGAGCCUCAAAUCGCCCAAAUCCCCUGUCUGCCGCCUACAGCCGGCUCCGGUAGCAGCGGUUACAAUCGCGACUACCGCGAUAUUGCGUCAGCGAGUCUGCAGCUCCAACAAGAUCUAGACAUCGCGGCUCUGGCCCGGGGAUCUCUUCUGGUGCGGCCGCAGCGACGGCGACGAGGUGAAGCGGGACCGGGAGAUCACAUCGGUCUUCAUGGCCAACAUAGCCUCCGACAUAGCUUUGACGAAAGUCGAGUCAAGCAGUUCUUCCGCGAAUACGGCCACGUCAACGACAUUGAUGUGCAGAGAGAAGAAGAGGCCCCACGAGAAGCUUGUCGGAUCUUACUGGAAAAUUGUACACGUCUUUUCCGGUAUUGGCCUUCGACUGCCUGCCUGAUUGCCGGCCCCAUAACGGUGUUGGGCCGCCCACAGUUUGUCCAGUGGGCCGACACCAUGGUGCCAUAUUAUCCGAACCUAGCCGAGGACGGCGUUGACCGCGGAGAGCUCGCGAUCGUGAGAGUGGAGGUGUUGGAUUCACCAUGGUACCGGUACUGGAAACGACAGGGCAAUACGGAGCUGGGGAGCUACAUUAAGAAAGGAUGUAAAUUGGAAGUGUCCUACGAAGAAAAGAGUCUGGUGAUUUAUACAAAAGAGAGAGCACAGGGCGGGUACCCUAUACAGAGUAAAUGCGAGCACGGCAGGACGGUUGUGAGCACCGGGGGUACCUGGGCCGAGGGCCGUAAUGCAGAGGACAUGGGUGCGGCUCUCAGUACGUACAUGUAA